ACCCUCCACCUUACCAUGGCUUCCGAACACCAGAUGCCAGCCUCCAAGCAGCAGCAAGCCAGCUCCAAGAUUGCCAUCUUUGAGCAGGAGAAUUUCCAAGGCCGCUGCCAUGAACUUAAUGGUGCCUGCCCCAACCUGAAGGAAGCUGGAGUGGAGAAAGUGGGCUCCAUCCUUGUGCACUCGGGACCCUGGGUGGGCUAUGAGCAGGCAAGCUGCAAAGGAGAGCAGUUUGUGUUUGAGAAGGGGGAGUACCCCCGCUGGGAUUCCUGGACCAACAGCCGGAGAAGCGACAGCAUCACUUCCCUGAGACCCAUCAAAGUGGACAGCCAGGAGCACAAGAUUGUUCUGUACGAAAACCCCGGUUUCACUGGCAAGAAAAUUGAAAUAAUAGAUGAUGAUGUGCCUAGCUUCCAUGCCCAUGGCUAUCAAGAGAAAGUAUCGUCCGUGCGGGUGCAAAGCGGAACGUGGGUGGGCUACCAGUACCCAGGCUACAGAGGUUACCAGUACCUGUUUGAGAAGGGGGAUUACAAAGACAGCUCAGAGUUCGGUGCCCAGCACCCCCAGAUCCAGUCGGUCAGGCGCAUCCGGGACAUGCAGUGGCAUCAGCGCGGGGCCUACCACCCCACCAACUAG